UUCCUGGUAGGUAGAAAGUGCCACUCGCCUGUUUAUAUAUAAAGUGGGUUUGUUAAUGGACUUCCCCUUCAUACGUCACGUCAACCGUAACACACCUGUGACCUCUGACCUCACGGUGAGAGGAAGACUCUGUCGUCAGUCGUUCAGUGUUGUUUUUAAUCGAGUCGGCGGCAGACGAGGUUUAAGGUAAGCAAACGCCAGGCAAGCCCAGCUAGGUUACGACACGUCUGACAAACAUGGCGGAGGCGAAUCCUGUCCCAGAGGCGAACCCUGAACCAGAAGAAGAGAACUCUGGUCCAGAGGAGAACUCGGAGUCUGAGUACGAGACAAUCCCGGAAGUGAAGGAGAGUCACUUCGUCCUCGGCCCGAUGAAACUCAGAACAAGUCUAGACAAAGUGAAGACAACCGUGUUUGUAGUGAUGGACCGAGAACUGACAGAUGAUGACGAGACCGGUAGAGUGCAAGUUGGAGAGGACUGCUCCGUGCGCGUGUACGUGUAUCCAAAGUCAAGUACGUCCCUGCCCAGACGGUCUUACCGUGUGAAGGAUGAGUACAUCAGCCAGGAGAACCUGCUGUAUGACAUGGCGCUCACACCCAGGGCGGUGCUGGGUCUGGAGAGCUAUGCCUCCAAAAACAAGAGGCCGAAGCUGGCGCUGGCCCUUCCCUCAGACAACCAGACCGUGAGACAAGAAGACUACAUCUUCAAGGCGUUCAGCAGGUCCAAGGCGGCGGCCGUCACGGUGAUGGAGGUCGUCCUACGGGAGGGUCCGUUCAGAUACAUGAAGCAGGUGGACGUGUUCAUCUCGCCCGACCAGGAAAUCCCGUCAGGCCUUGCGCUGAUCAACGUGUUCUCUACGCACGUCUGUCUGGUCAACCGGCACAACAGAAAGAAACCUGAAACCAGGUACCCCAGGUUCUACAAGACAAGGAAGAGGAAAAGCACCAUCCCCUGUGCGUACAUCCCAACCAGACCUCUGCCACUCGUGGUCACGUUUGAGGAGGUCACCCACUUCGACCCGCUGGAAGCCGGUCUCAGGUUCGAGGUGGCGAAGAAGAUGCACUUCCUCCGCUGCGACCACGAGAGCGCCCUGGAGGUGAUCCAGCACUUCGAGCUGCACAAGUACGGGGAGAACUGGCCGCCGCUCUACAUCGCCGGGGACGGUCAGCAGUGGGACGACCAGUCACUACCGCCCACAGAUUCAGAGGAAAGUGAGGAGACCGGGUCCGGGGACAUCCCGAUCUUCCUGCCGUGUCAGUCUGACGUCACCAGGAUAGACCCCCGCGCCGAGCAGGAGGCGCACAUCUACCAGAACGAGUUCAUCACCAGGAGGUGCGAGACAGACCCAAAAGAGGGAUUCAUGGCAAACAUCGGAGUCUUCGCCGGGAGACCGACUGUCGGGGGAGACUGGCUCCUCCACGUCUUCAUCUGCCCGCUGAGGAAGUCUCAGGAAGAAAUCAUGAAGGACUUCGCGGAGAAGCAGCGGGAGGUGGUGUGCACGCUGCGGGCCUUCCAAGUCGUGCGGGACCUGUCCGUGUCUAUAGACCUGAGGGAGGGAUGGAACCAUGUAGGCGACAAGAUGAUGGAGGUGUCUAAGGAAGAGCUCCGCGGCGCGCUGGACGGCUCCUCGCGGUUCAUGCACGACAUCUGCCUGCAGCACGACGACACGUCACAGACACGGUUCCGCGGAUCCAUCGUCAUCCGCCAGGGCAUGGAGAAAACUCUUACCCUCAGGAUCCUCACAGACUACGAGCAGAGCCCGGAAAGUUUCCUCCAAGACGGUAGAGCCCAGGAGUCGGCCUGCGGCGGCGCUCCUGCCGAGCAGACGCCAGGCGAGGGCUGGCCGCUGGCGUACUCCCAGACCAGGCGCAUGUGCGAGCUGCUGGACGUGGAAUGCAUCUACGGGAACGACUGGAGACUCUUCGCGGAGAAGAUAGGGCUGGACUGUCAGACGCUGCCUGUGAUCGCCUGCCGAGAGGGCUCCCCCACAGAUAACGUGCUGAGCCUGUGGAAGCAGGGCCACACCGACCGGCCGUACGACAAGCGCACACUGGUGGAGAUCCUGCAGAACAUGGGCAGACCGGACGUCAUACAGGACUUGCACCUCAUAGCCCCUACCCUCAAGACCUUCAUGCCGUUAACUAUCACGGACGACUCCAUCCAGGUGGGUUGGGAGCCCGGCAGCCCCGACCUGACGCACUGCAACCUGUACAUCAACCGCUCGGCCAGGAUGGACGUCUUCCUCCGCAAGAAGUACACCGUGAAGAUCGAGGAGAAGUCCUUCACGUUCCGGGACCUGCAGCCCGGGACGCAGUACACCAUCUGUGUCGAACCACUGGUGCAGCUGGUGCGGGGGGAGCGCAGCUCGAUCGCCCAGAGGACUCGGCAGAAAGAGCCAGUGCAAGUGGCCGUUCCCACCGAGAAUUAAGCACCCUCUUCUGCCUACUGGUUGUAACUAGCCGGAGCCCAGCCUUGUUGGCUUUGGUCCGCUCCCCAAGAUCUGGCGAUUGCGAGGUAGCGGAUCUUGGGGAGCGGACCAAAGCUAACAAGGCUGGGCUCCAGGCUAGAUUGUAGCCUGGUACCCAAACCUGUUUAAGCUGUCGAGUCUUUUUUGCGGAGAGGACGAAAGAGACUCGGCAGCAUGAAGC